AUGGAUUCUAGUGUUUGUACAGUCAAUAGUCUAUCUGAAUUGAAUGAUUUAGUCGAGAAGUCGAAUUGUGCUAAAGUGAAUGUCUCAAAUGAAAUUAAAGACAUUUUAGCCAGAAGAACCCAAAUUGAAGAAAAUUUAAAGAAAAUCAACUCUUUAAUACCUGAUUUUCAUAAAUUACAGUUGAAUGCAGAGAAUUCAUCAAAACUUGUCGGUUGUGCAUCAGAACUUGCUCUGCAACUUAGUGGAAAAGUAGAACAGUUGGAUUUUGUAAAGAAUCAUGUAUUAAAAUGUGUAGAAAAGUUGAACCAUGUUAUUACAUUGAAAAAUUCUGCACUUGGUGUAAAACGUUGUCUGUUGGAUUCUAAGUUGGAUGAAGCAGCUAGUUAUGUAUAUACUUACUUGGGAAUGGAAAAAGAUGUCCUGUCUCUUGUGAUGCGAUUAGUAGCAGAUGAUCCCGAUAACAACCCCUUGACAACGCUAGAUGAAUGUCAAAAAGUACUCGUGAAAAAAGCUAUUAAUCAAUUUGAUGAAUAUGCCACCCAACGAGAUGAAAAGAAUAUUGUCAACUUGUUGAAAAUAUUUUUCUUAUUGGGUGAAACUAACGAAGGCAUACAACGUUUCGCUGGAUAUCUAUGCACAAAUAUAACGGGGAAAUGUGAAACUUUAUUAACUUUUCAUAAGGCGUCGACAUCGUCAUCUACAUCAGAGUCUCCUGGUUUUGUAUGGGCUAAUCUUAUCACUGAAAUGCUGGAAUUUGUUGCUGACACCCUAAAGAAUAAUGCUAUUUAUGUGGAAACAUAUUGUGGUCCAGGAAAUGUAUUCAACCUUGUCGCCUCUGUACAAUCUGUUGUCGAUAAAUAUGUACAGUGUGUUAUUGAACGUUACCUUUAUCAUCAUCGUUUAGAUGAACUGUGCUCAAUGACCAAAAAAUCAAAUACCAUGAAUUAUUUAAACAGCAAAAGAAGUGAUACAUCCAUACAGUCAAGUCAUAAAGAGAAGCUAUUGGAUUCCAACUCAUCCUCACAAUUGUCAUCAAAUGAUCAAGGAUUAGAUAAAAUAUUGACUAUUGAACCGAUUAUUGUUGAAAUGCUACAGAUGAUUACCUGUUCCGAGUUGUAUUUACGGUUUAUACAUCGGCGAAUUUUAGGUGAUGUAAAACAAUGCAAUCUGAGCGAGAAUGAUUACAAAUUAAAAGUCAAUGAAAUAUCCCAAUUUUUUAACAACUGUCAAAUUAUUCGUCAAGUUCAGGAUUUACUGGGUAAAUAUCUUAUCUUAGAAGAAUAUUAUCUACGAGUAACAAUUACAAAAGCACUGAAUUCGGAUGAAAUAGAUAAGUCGGGUAAUGUGUGGGGAUUUAUUGAUGAUGUAUUCUUUAUUACAAAGAAAAGUCUUAGUCGAUCAUUUCAAUCUGGUAACGUGGAUAGUAUCUGUGCUAUGGUGAAUCAUAGUUGUUCAAUUCUCACUGAUCGUAUGGUCAAUGAUACAUUGGCAAAUAGUGUUCGUGCUGGUUUCCCUUCAGGUUGGGUACAAGAUGCUUAUAGUUAUGUACAGAAUAGUGUUGCUGCAGCGGGUGGUACACUUAGUUCAACAGGAUCAGCUGUCAACGUGCCAACAAUCUCCUCAGCAUUCAACAAUGUAGUCGGUGGAUCCAAUUCACUGGCACGUUAUCAUUUCCUAAUUAGUAUAAAUAGUAUUGAAGCAUGUCAAAAGAAUUUGCAGGCUUUAGUGAAUCAUUUAGAGAAGGAGUUGACUUCAGUGUAUCAAAAUCAAGAGAAUAAUUUUCAAAAACUUCAUAUGUGUAUCACAGAGUUGAAUAUGUCAAUAGGUGAACAACUUCAACGACUACUUGAUUCAGCCUUCGAUCACCUGUCAACUGCAGUAGUACAAAGUCAAGUUAAAAGCCUCCUAAGUGGUUUCAAAUCGCUGAAAUAUGAUUUACUCGAGGAAGAUUUAGAUGUUUUGGCUGCUAACGACCCGUGGAUUGAAUCAUGUAUAGCUCAUACAGAAGACUUUCUUAAACCGUUCAGGUCUGUUUUAUCCACUGAAAAUAACGACAAACUUGUACUAAUAUUAAUUAAUGAAAUUCUACGUCAAGUCGACCAACUUAUCCAACGGAAGUCGUUUAGUCGAUUUGGAGCUGUCCAACUGGAGAAAGAAUUUCGUAGCCUGUUUUCCUAUUUGACUUCGAUAUCGUACACUCCUUUACGGGAUUAUUUUACGCGUAGUUUACAAAUUUGUAGACUGCUGAAUUUGGAUCGGAUUGAUGAAGUACAUUAUUACUGGAAUAGUUCUAAUUGGCGUCUUACGGCUCAAGAAGUGAGAAGUAUUCUAUCACUGAGACGUGAUUUCCCAGUGAAUGAAAUACGUGCGCUGAAACUUCAAUAA